CCCAUCGUGUGAACAUGAGUCGUCGUGUGGCUCGAGAAAAUUGUGAUUUUUCGGUUUAUAUAUUGUAACUCGCCAGCAUGAUACGCAAUGCUAAUUUUGGUGCCGUCGUGGGACAUUCUCUGUUAUCUCUUAACAAUAAUAUUGUUGCUCUUCGGUGAAUGCACCGUGUGCAUCAUUGCUGUCUUCUGGCCUCAUGUGGUGGGGAUCGACGUAAGACCGGCACGUCUGAUACGCGCUUUACAACGCAGUUAUGCUGUACCUGGACGUGAGCAAUUCACAGCUGCCCUCGAUCUUGCACAAACAACAUUCGCCUGUUGCGGCAUAAACGGAAGCAGCAAUUACGGCACGUCGUGGUGGCGACUGCAGGAAGUCGGCCGCAGAGAAUUAGUGGUGCCUCUCAGUUGUUGCACCCUGAAUAACGCCAAUGAGACAGACUCCUUCCUCAACCCCGAGCCUGCCAAUCUCACUCUCUGCCAGGCUCUGAACCCUGCCGAACAUCAAUACGCCCGGCACACUGCGGGUUGCCUUGAAUAUAUCGAGAAGUGGACGCAAGAUCAGGCUCUGAUCCUGUUGGCUAUCGUAUUAGCGGUCAUGUUCGUCGAAGUCACGGCGCUUCUCAGCAUACUUCUCGCUUGCUCCCGAGAGAACAGGAGAAGUAAAUCGCAGGCGUCAACUUUCACCUCCACGCAGACUUUAAGCCCAUUCACUGAGAGCGAUCACGACUUUAGUAAGAACGAAGGACGGACAGCAAUCGAUGUCAAGGACGCAAAUAAGCGAGAAACGUGUAACGAUACUAAACAUAGCGUGUUAGCGACGAGCGGAAAGAGCAUAAUCGAGGAAUGGCGAAAUCCUCCCAGAUACUCCGAAGAUUUGCGAAGCGAUCAAGUGUACGAGGAACGGGCGGUCGACGUUGUGAUCGAUAAUCGUCCUCCGGAUCUUCUUAAAAUGCAUCCACGGUGCGCGUCGCUGCCAAGGAUAGCAAACGACGACGUGAAUAAAAAUAAUAACGAUGACAAAUUGAUUAAGAUUAAAAGACCACAAGGUGGUGGCACAGUUAGAAGCAUCCCUAUUAAAGAUUAUCAGGCGUCGAUCGCGCAUAACAUCGGCACUUUGAAACGAUCCGUGGCACCUCAGUCGCAAUUCGAGUCCCUAGUCUCCGAACCCGAGAAAAGCGUUUACAUGCCGUUAAGGAAGAGAGUUCCUGUAACUAGCAGUUUGCAUCACCGGUCCGCAUCGCAGACUACGUGCAUCGCCGCGCAAACCGUGAAAGCGGAUAACGGUCCGAGGAAAUCUUGCUGCUUUUGCGACAGUCAGCACGAUCUGCGCGGCUUCUAUUGCGCCAACGCCGAUUCGAGCAAGCACGUUGAAGACAUUCGAUACUUUAAUAAAACGGAGGAUCAACGAUCGCAAAACGGUUCCGAUAUAGAUGAGUAUUUCCGUAGGAGCUCACGCGAGAGAUUCAGCUCGAAUGAUCACCGGAUUUCGAGACGCACGCGUGAAUCUUUGGGAAACAUGAGAACGAUAACAGCAACCGGUACGAAAAACGAGAAGGCGCAAGCGGAAGAGGAAGCACAGGCGUUGCAGUUAACGGAGGGUCAUGUCGGUCAGAAAAUAUCGGCUUACGAACAGAACGCUUGGCGUAGUUUGCGCGGUUCCAGUCCCAAGUAUCGAUCGCUCUUUGAGGUAAAGGGACAUCGUACCAUCGGUGUACCGUUGGUGGGUAUGCACAACGCUUGCGGCUUACCUGUCGUGGCUUCCUGGCACGAUCACGAGCUUCUGGAUUCUCUGCGGAUCAGCCGCAGACUCGCCGGAACUGCGGGACCCAUUUACAAGAGUCCUCGCACAAUCCCGAACGUGCGACGUCGGACACAAUCGAAAAGGAAGGCGCCGCAACCGGAUCGCGGAAUAAUCCAUGCGAGAGAUAUCAAUCGUGGCAUUAAAAAAUCGACGAUCAACUCAGCGGGGUAUUUGGACGCUAUUAAUGGCAGCGGCAGGUCCAGGAGGAGGCAUCGUCGCUCGUCAUUUACCACGACAAAGGUUGGAUCGCUGUCCUCGAAAAAUUCCUUCAAGAGGAUGCCUAGAAGAUAUGGAAUUAAAACGAGUUCGCUGGUGGAUACCUUUGGCAGGAAGUCGAUUAAAGGAGGAAGCGCGAAACGGACGACUUUAUACGCGAAGGACGACGGCGAAGAGCCGGUGCAAGUUCUCAAGAGCUUAUGCUUAAAUCCUCUGGCGCGUGUCAAUCCAGAAAUGGAUAUGAUGUGGUGAAACUCGUAAAGAAAUUAACGUAUCUGCUUGUUUGCUCUUAUCGAUUAAUGCAUUCAUACGUUAAGUUAUUUAAAAUAAAGAAGUUAAGUACCAAUUACGCAAGCGUUAGGUAUCGUUUGUUUAACUAUUUAAUGUUAAAUUAGACAAACAAGAUAUAAAAACAAGCUUUCCAUUUAUUGGCAUUUCCAUUAACUAUCU